AUGGAAAAGUCUGGUGGCCCCGCGAAGCUGUCCGAGACAGGAGUGGCAGCAUCCCUACCCCCUGAUCACACCAUAGCAUCCCCCAGCGACUUACCUCGCGUGGCAAAGGUGGAAGAGAAGAAUCCGAAAGGAGGUAUAGAGCAACCUCGCCGUGGAAGCGCGCAGAGUAAGACUCAUACGGAGAGCUCUUGGGUGGCGCAACCUGAGCUGUAUACCACUGACAAUUACGAAGCCAGCCGCGGCUUGCUCCACGGUGAUGCGGAUAUCGAACCCGGCGGAAGCGACGAAGACGGCGAGUUCUCAGCGACCGAGUUUGACGCCGAUUCCGUAAUAGAUAGCGACGACUUUUCCGAUUCCACAUCUCUGCGCCCCAGUAUUCUGGAACAUAGCUACGUUAAUGGGCGCCGAUACCACCGCUAUCGCCACGGCCGUUACCCAAUACCAAAUGAUGAAGCCGAACAGAGUCGCGAGGAUAUGCUGCAUACCAUGAUGAUGGAAGCCACAGAUGGCCGACUAUUUUAUGCUCCCAUAGGACCCAACCCACAAAAGGUUAUUGAUCUAGGGACUGGCACCGGCUUAUGGGCGAUAGAAUUUGGAGAUAGGUAUCCCUGUGCGGAAAUCACGGGUCUUGAUCUGAGUCCCAUCCAGCCAGCCUGGGUUCCGCCAAAUGUCAAAUUCUUGGUAGACGAUGUUGAAGCGGAGUGGUUGAACGGCGAUGACUUUGACCUGGUUCACCUAAGGAAUAUGAUUCCCAUAUUGAAAUCUCCAGUCAAUCUAUUGAAACAAGCAUACCCACAUAUGAGACCUGGCGCAUGGGUGGAGCUGCAAGACGUCGACGGCGCAGUGCACACAGAUGACGAUAGCGUGCCGAAGGACUGGCCGCUGAAGAUAUUCACCGACUUGCUCAUUGAAGCAUUUGCCCAAUUCGGUACCACGGCCAACGCGGCCGAAUCUGGGCGCCAGUACUUAGAAGAAGCUGGCUUCGUCAAUAUACAGCACAACUACAUCAAGCUGCCAUAUGGCACCUGGCCAAAAGACAAACUGAUGCGCCUUGUAGGCAUGUACUACCGGACCGCCUGCGAAGACUUCUUGCCUGCCGUCGGCGCCAUGCACUUUCCAAGAAUGGGCUGGAGUCAGGCCAGGAUGGAGGUCUUCUUUGCCGAGGUGCGCCAGUCAUUGCGCGAUCCCAAGGUGCACGCCUACGGCAAGAUGCACUUUUGGAGCGGCCAGAAGCCUCUGAGCGCGCCAAGUGCGACUUGA